GAUUCUCCAAAAACAAGAGUCAAAACGGAGAUCGUCUUAUUGAGCACCUGACGUUGUCUAAUCACAGCGCUUGUUGUUCUGUUUUCAGUGGAGUUCAAAAAUGGGUCGAGGUACCAAGCUCUCCAGACCCAACGUCGAUAUCAUCAUGAGCAUCAGUUUCUCCCCAUGGGGGGCGCCAGGGGCGUUGAUAGUGCGUUUUUUUUCUUCCUUUGCCCCCCUUUACAAAAUGGUUUCAAGCCUAACCAGCCGUUGGGUCCAUGGUCCGGUUUUUGCAUGAGUCGGUGUCUGGGGAAAAUGCUUAACCAAAGCUGGUGGUCUGCCUUUUCUUGCCCCAUCGACUCUUGAAUACUUUCUCAUUUCUCUCUUCUUGAUCUGGUUCCCACUUUGUCAAUUGCUUGUUGUUAUUUUUGCGGGGGACUCCAUUUUGUUACCUCAGAGAUACUACCGACGAUGCAUCAUGAGGGAUGAUACCCCCAAUAUCAUUGCUUCGGCCGCCAUAACUCUUCCUCUUGCGACCUUGGCUCUUAUUGCUCGACUUAUUGCGAGGAAAAUCACAAAAGCUGGAUAUGGCAUUGAUGAUGCUUUGGCUGUUGUUGGCUGGUUGGGCUCGUUGGCCUUGUUGACGAAUGGGAUGAUAUGGAUCAAGGAUGGUUUGGGAAAGCCAAUGGAGGUUGGACUUACAGACGACUUCACGUUUCACGAUAAGAACCGACUGGCGUGGAUACAUAUGUGGACGACGAGCUUCACUUACACCUUUGCCAUCGCCUUCUCGAAAUUCGCUAUCCUCGCUUUUUACUGGCGUCUCUUUCAAUUCUCCGAUAUUCGAAUCCCCAUUCAAGUCCUUUCAUGCAUCACAGUGGCGUGGUUUCUACUGCGACUCUUCAUGGUGUGUUUGCAAUGUCUACCACUAACAGCCUUGUGGGAUGGAGACCAAGCAACGAGGGACGCAAAAUGCCAUAUCCGCGAAUCGACAUUCUUCUUCUCGACAGUUUUGACGCACGUCUUGAUCGAUUGCGCGAUUCUUAUUCUGCCAGCUAUUGAAGUUGGGAAACUCCAUUUACCCAAGGGUCAGAAGGUUGCUGUCAUUGCGCUGUUUGCGUUUGGUGCAAUGACCUGUUUGGCCUCCAUUUUCGUCCUCAUUGAGUCAUUCAAGUUCAAGUCGGAUUCGAAGGAGAUGACGCUGCAAAUGGGACAGCAUUACGCUUGGUCAAUCGCUGAGUGCAACUUUGCCGUAAUCGCUGCUUGUCUCCCAAUGCUUCGGCCAGUCGCCCGCAAAAUCCUCCCAGGCUCAUUCCUCACCUCCAACAGCGGCGGCCAAUCAACCCAAAUAAGCGCCCCUUUCAGCGCACCAUUCAGCAACGGCAUCCGCCUCACCAGCGUCUCCAAGACGCGAUCCGGCGAGAACGACGGCGGAAGCUCAACACAUGAACUAUCCAAUAAUCCACCAGAUCUAUACGACAUAGGCGAAUGGCCACACGGUACACAGACCACGAUAUCAAGCCCUUUUAGAAAAUAUACAUCUGCGAAGGACUAUGAGAGCAGCGAGAUGGGGAUCCGUGGUGAUGAAGAGACGGCUGUUUCUGUACAACGGCGUGACGAUAGUGUAUGAAACAGGGCGGCGACCCUCGGCGUUUUGGAUAUGAUAUCAGCGAGGCUGAGUUAUUUUGUUUACCUUAGAUACCACUGGAUAAAAUACCAACUGAACCUUAAUUUUCAAG